CUCUUAGUAAAUAGGCCAGAAAAAUAUGGAUUGAUUUUGUUUUUAUUUCUAUUGGGAGAAAAUGGAUGACUAUAUUUACUUUUGCUUUUUUUCCCAUCACAAGGUAGCUCCGCCAGCCUCACUACUACGUUGGUGCUGGGUCCCCUCGAGGCCCGAAUCGAAAAGCCCGGUAAAUUGCCGAACCACUUCUGUAACAAAGCCCAGAAACUCGUACUCAUUCAUUUUCUGCACAUUUAGCGAUAUCUGUUGCUUAUAUAACUUAAAGUUAAAUCCCCCGUUCACUUUCUAGUUCCAUUUCCAUAGCCUUUUGUCCCCAGUUAUUGCCACAGAAGAAGAAGGAGUUCGAUAAUUAACUUCACCUUCUUCUUUCUUACAAUACAAAUUAUUUAAUUAACUAACUAUAUGGAUCAAAUAAAUACACUAAUUUUUUCCUUUUUCCUUAUAACAUUUCAUCUUUCAUCAUCAACGGUAUUAUCAACUACAUUCACAUUCGUUAAUAAAUGCGAUUACACAGUUUGGCCGGGAAUUCUCUCCAACGCCGGAGUUGCACCGCUUUCAACCACCGGAUUCGUUCUUCAAUCUGGCGACUCCAAAUCCAUUACUCCACCAGCUUCUUGGGGAGGUCGCUUCUGGGGCCGCACACUCUGUUCACAAGACUCCACCGGAAAAUUCACCUGCGUCACCGGCGAUUGUAACUCCGGCAGACUUGAAUGCUCCGGCAACGGAGCAACACCACCAGCUACCUUAGCGGAAUUCACUCUUGACGGCUCCGGUGGACUCGAUUUCUUCGACGUGAGUUUGGUCGACGGUUACAACGUUCCUAUGCUGGUUGUUCCACAAGGUGGCUCCGGUGAUAACUGCACAAGUACUGGUUGCGUUGGAGAUCUUCUUAGCGCGUGUCCAUCAGAGCUUAAAGUUACGAGCGUGGAUGGGAAAGAGAGCGUGGCGUGUAAAAGUGCUUGUGAAGCGUUUGGGUCGGCGCAGUAUUGUUGUAGCGGCGCGUAUGGUUCGCCUAACACUUGCAAGCCUUCAAGUUACUCGGAGAUUUUCAAGAAUGCUUGCCCACGCGCGUAUAGCUACGCGUACGACGAUAAAACAAGCACGUUUACAUGUGAAUCUGCUGCUGAUUACACCAUCACGUUUUGCUCUUCUACCACUAACGGUAACGGUAACAGUCCAAGUUUUAGGAGAAUAAAAUAUUAAUUAAGCACAUGUGGUUCACUCAUCUGUAGGCAAAUCUCACAAACGGAUUCAGAAAUCGUGGCAGGGACAAAAUCCGAAAUUAGAUGGCAGUGGUGCUCCCAAUUCUAAGACACCACAGCUUAACAACGGUUCAAUGGUGUAUGUUGGUGCCAUAGAUCAAAGUGAAAUAUCAUGGUCCUCUAGUACCUAUCUGUGGGAAUCCCAACUCAUUCUCACCAUCACAACGGCUAUUUGGCUCUUGUGUCACCUCUUCUAGUUAUAAAGACACAUUUGAAUUUACACUGAGAUUGAGAUUGAAUUUACACAUUUUAAUAAGUUACACUUUUGUAAACAAAAGUUACAUAUAACACUCCAGUAAGAUUAAUUCUAACAUGUACUAAUUUCUAAUCACCGCUUCGUUCAAUCUUUUCCCUUGCGGUUGAUGGGUCAUGUUCCCUCCAUUGUUUAAUUCACCAUGCUCUCAUGGACCACAUGGAUUGAGUAGGGACCACAUAUCUUGACAUGGUGACAAGCAUACGAGUCAUUUUCUCUUUUGUGGCUCGACAUUGAAGAUCCAUAGCCAAGUAUAUACACAUGGAGGAAAAACUAUCGGAAGUGGGUGACAAUUAUUUCUUUCCUUGUCGUUGAGAUGAAUACAUUAGAAUAUACUACUAAUUCUUUGUAUUGUGGACAAUUAUUUCUUUCGGAAUGUAAGAUUAUUAUUAUAUAAAUAAAUAAUAAUACAUCAAUUAAAGAGCAAAA